CGGAACGGACAGACCAAAGUCCGCUCCGCAACAGUCACUCCCCGACCAUGACAAAUCGUGCCGCGCUGUGGCGGUGGAGCUUGCUUCCAGUUGACCCCACCCGCAGGGGAAUGCUGUGUCGUAAUUAAUGCGCGGCCUGGGCCCACUGAGCGGAUAUUUAAGAGGCACUUGUGUGCCAGAGAAAGAAGGCAACGGCAGAAAGUAAUAACCGCAAACUAAGAUCCAAACCCCCAUUACACCAUCCACCAUGUCGCCGAGCAGGUUCGAGAAGGAGGAUUUCGAUCCCACGCCUCUUGGGGAGCCUCUCCAUUUCGAGUUCAGCGGCCAGACGGCUAAGAACCGGUUCUUAAAGGCGGCAAUGACUGAGCGAUUGUCGACAUGGCACCCGACCGAACUUGAAAAGCGCGGAAUCGCGACUCCGGAGCUUAUCAACGUCUACAAGCGGUGGGGCGAAGGUGGCUUCGGGAUGGUUCUCUCUGGAAACACUAUGAUCGAGUAUGACCAUCUCGAGUCCGCCGGCAACCUCAUCAUCCCUCGAGAUGCCCCUUUCUCUGGCGAGCGGUUCGAAACAUUUAAGGCGCUAGCCGAGGCUGCCAAGAAGCACGGCAGCCUGGCAGUGGUGCAACUGAGCCACCCGGGGCGUCAGGUGACGGAAGACAUCCAGAAGCACCCCAUCUCGGCAAGUGACGUGCAGCUGGAAAUGAACUUCGGUGGCAAGCGAUUCGCGAAGCCGCGUGCAAUGGAGAAGGAGGACAUUGAGCGAGUGAUUAAGGGCUUCGUUCGUGCAUCGGAGUACGCAUCGAAGGCUGGAUGGGACGGGGUGCAGCUCCAUGGAGCGCACGGCUACCUCCUCGCGCAGUUCCUGUCGCCAUUGACCAACAAGCGGAUUGAUGAGUAUGGCGGGUCACUGGCCAACCGCUCGCGGCUGAUCCUUGAGAUUGCCGAUGCGGUCCGAGUGCGCGUGCCGAAGGACUUCAUUGUCGGUAUCAAGAUCAAUAGCAUCGAGUUCGAGGAGGGUGGGUUCCCGAGCGGGGACUGCGUGACGUUGUGCAGUGAGCUGGAGAAGCACGGGAUCGACUUCGUGGAGCUAUCCGGCGGAACGUACCAGGAGUUGGCGUUUGGUCACCGGCGCGAGUCGACCAGAAGGCGAGAGGCGUUUUUCCUGGAGUUCGCGGACAAGAUCACCCCCGAGCUGCACAAGACGAAGGCGUACGUGACCGGUGGCCUCCGCACGGGGCAGGCGAUGGUGAACGCGCUCAAGACAGUCCACGGCGUUGGGCUGGCGCGUCCUGCCACGCACGAGUUCGACCUUCCGCAGAAGAUCCUCGAUGGUAGGGCGCAGAGCGCGAUCAGCCUGCUAUUGUCGGACGAUGAUUUUGGAAUGACCAACAUGGCGGCUGGCAUGCAGAUGCGGCUGGUGGGCAGGGAUAAGGAACCGGCGGAUCUGAGUCGCGAGGAUCACAAGCACGCGUUCGAGGACUCGUUCGGCAAGUGGUGGCAGUCGAUGUCUGACAAUAGGGACAAUUCCAAGUUUGGAGGCGUCGACUUGCUUGGGGUUGAGUUCCAGCCUUAUGGCACGCCAUAUGCGUAGGCCGAGGGUGUCAAAAGAUAUUCCGGCCCAACUGAGGAGGCGUCCCGACCCACAUGGGCACCAUUGUUUGUGUAAAUAGCUGGGACCUUCGUCCCCUUGACUUGGGCAGUGGUUAA